AUGGAACUCAAGAUCGACACUCAUCACCAUAUUGUCCCGCCUGAUUACGCAAAGUGGUUGGAUUCGCGCGGGAUAACAGCCGGUGGGUUGCCUAUCCCAGUGUGGUCAGCCGAGGGCAGCCUGGAUCUGAUGGAGUCGCAAGGAACCUCCUGCUCCAUUCUGUCGGUCUCCACGCCGGGUGUUCACCUAGGAAACGAUCAAGAAGCCCGCGCGCAAGCUCGGGAGGUGAAUGAGUACGCCGCCAGCGUCAUCAGAACCUACCCUGGGAAAUUCGGUUUUUUCGCCACGUUGACUUUACCGGAUGUUGAAGGCGCGAUUGCUGAAGCGGCUUAUGCGUUCGAUAAGCUGGGCGCCGAUGGCGUCAUCCUGCUGGCUAACGUAGGCGGCCGCUACCUGGGCGAGGCCGCAUUCGAGCCGUUGAUGGAGGAGUUGAAUCGUCGGAGCAGUGUGGUGUUCAUCCACCCCAGUGAACUGCCAUGCGAGCCGGUAGAAGGUAUUCCGCCCUAUGUGGCCGACUUCCUCUUGGAUACAACCCGAGCGGCAAUCAACAUCGCCAAAGCGGGCUGGCUAGAGCGCUAUCCAAACAUUUCGUUCGUGCUGUCUCACGGCGGAGGCUUUCUCCCAUUCGCUGCCCAGCGAAUCGCUCGGGCGGUAUCGGAUGGCGGCCCGGAUGACGUGGGGAUCGAGCGGCUCAGAAAGUUCUAUUUCGACACCGCGCUGGCCAGCAGCCCGUUUGCCCUUGCCGCCUUGUUGGAGUUUGCGAAGCCGGAACGAGUUUUCUUCGGCAGUGACUGGCCAUAUGCGCCUAAAGCCAGGUCCAUGAACUUCUUGAGCCUCCUUGAAAACUACGCCAUGGACGAUGCGACGCGCCGCCGUAUUUACCGUGAAAACGCUGCGCAGUUGUUCAAAAAAAAGAGCCGGCUAAAGCGUCAAAUUGACGUGAAGAACCCGCGCACAGGCACCGUUGACUAUCGCAUUGCUCGCUUGUCAGAGACGGAUUUCGACACGGUUUGCCAGGAGCUACGCAGCGGGCAAAAGACAUGGUCGAAAGCCGGACUGGAAGCUCGGGUGAAAGUGCUUCUUCAAUGGGCCGAUGCGAUCGAAGUCAACGCAAAUCUCAUCGGCUCUGCCGAAGCCUUGGAUACUGGGCGGCAGCGGUUAUCUCACGAAGUCCCGCACAUGGUGGUGGGUUCAAUCCGUGAUUGGUGUGCAAAAGCGCCGCACAUCUUCGCGUCCGCACAACGUACCGGCACGUCAGUAAUCAAUGCUAAUGUCGUGUUUGAAACCCAACUGGUGCCGUAUGGCUUGGUGGGUUUUAUUACGCCGUGGAACCACCCCUUCCUUCUGUCAAUGAUUGACGCCAUCCCGGCGUUGCUGGCCGGUUGCGCAGCGGUUAUCAAGCCCAGCGAAAUUGCUCCCAGGUUUAUCGAGCCGGUUAUGGAAACGGUGCGUCAGUUUCCUGAGCUGGCGGCUGUGCUGAGGUACGUCGCGGGAGACGGCGCAACAGGGCAGGCACUGAUUCAGCGGGUCGAUGCCGUGUGCUUCACCGGCAGCAUCAAGACUGGUCGUUUGGUGGCAGAAGCGUGUGCACGACGGCUCAUACCGGCGUUUCUCGAGUUGGGUGGCAAAGACCCCGCAAUCGUCACCGAGCAUGCGGAUCUAGAGCGUGCGGCCACUUCGGUUCUUCGCGGGUCGGUAUUCGCCAUGGGUCAGAUCUGUUUUUCGGUUGAGCGGGUGUAUGUCCAUGAGUCCGUUUACGACGAUUUCGUUGCUUUGUUGGCGGGCAAGUCGCAAGCGCUGGAGCUUGCGUACCCAGACCCAGCGCAUGGGGAUUUGGGCCCGUUUAUUCUCGCCAGCCAAGCAGCGAUCGUUGAUUCCCACAUCGAUGAUGCGGUAUCGCAGGGCGCGAAAGUCGUAACCGGUGGCAGAAGUGAAAACCUGGGUGGCGGCCACUACAUGCGAGCGACGGUUAUCUCUGACGUAACGCACGACAUGAAGUUGAUGACCGAUGAGACCUUCGGGCCGGUUACUCCCGUUAUGAAGUACCGCACGGAAGACGAAGCGGUCGCGCUGGCCAACGACUCCGUUUAUGGCCUGUCAGCGGCAGUCUUUGCCGGUAGCGAAGAAGAGGCGAUGCGUAUCGGCCAACAGAUCGAUGCCGGCGCUGUGGCCCUGCAGGAUGCGGCCAUCACGAUUUACAUCCUUCGCGACGCGGAAAAAUGUCUUUCAAAUCAUCUGGAAUUGGCGGGUCUCGCAUGGGCCCUAACGCGUUGCUGCGUUUUGUCCUUCGCAAAGCUUUGG